CAGCCGUUUCUGUCAGAGAUUGAGCUGGCGUAUUGCUUUGCUAUUUUAUUUAAUUUGUUUAUCAAGAUUGGUAGUGGAAAGUUUCAUGUAUGUGUUUUAUAUGCUAGUAUUUAGUUUCUACCCUCGUCCAAGAUUACAGCGCGUGCAAGUCACCUAUGAAAGUAGCAUCAGUCAAUGUUUGGAUUACCAGAUAGCUUAGAUCGAGCAGGCCGCCGUUGUGUGAAAGGAGUGUGGUAUGAGCGGUGCUGAUCAUCGUUUACUUCUGCUACACGCAUGGUUGGAGGCAGGAUCUAAGGCGCCGCCCAGCAUUUUAUUAGACAAGAGACAGUGUCGUCCGUUUCGCUUUGAACCACCACCCAACCCUGUCGGGGGAUACAAACUAUGGCUCAUGAACAUUGGCGCAGUCAACUGGACUACCUCAUCACCCUUCUGGGAUACGGUGUCGGGUCGGGAUCAUUCGUCAGGUUUCCUUUCUACUGCAUACGCAAUGGAGGAGGAGCGUUCCUGUUACUGUUCAUGUUCUUCACAAUAAUUGGAGCCAUCCCCUGCGUAUUUCUGGAGAUGACAAUCGGACAGUUCUCUCAGAGUGGACCUAUUAAAGUCUGGAAUAUGUGUCCUGCCUUCAAAGGUAUAGGUGUUGGAAGCGUUGUUGUUACGUGGAUAUUCGUUAGCUACUACAACGUCAAUUUCUCAUGGUUUAUGUACUACUUCUACUACUCCUUCACCCCCAACCUGCCCUGGGACCACUGCGACAACGCAUGGAACACCCCGGCAUGCAUACACAACAAGAACGUGUCUGCUGUGUCUAAUGAUACAACGUCUAAUACAACAGACGUUGGAUACUCCAUCAACGGAACAGUCCGAGGGAUGACAGCUGCCGAAGAAUUCUGGAAAUUUCAGAUGCUGGGACAGAGUGAUGGCCUGGACAAUCUUGGAGGUCUAAGAUGGCAUCUUGUUGGAUGUCUGGCCGUCACCACAGUGCUCUUAUUUGUUUGGAUAUUUCAAGGAAUAAAAGUAUCAGGGAAGCUUGUUUACAUCACCGUGGCCGUACCCUACAUCCUCAUCUUCAUCUUCCUCAUCCGGGGCUGUCUACUUCCGGGGUCAGCAGAAGGAAUAUACUUCUACAUCUAUCCUAAGUUUGAUAAGCUUACAGACCCGAAAGUGUGGAUAGAGUCGUGUCGCUACGCCCUGGCUUCUAUGGGUAUAGCCUUUGGGUGCAUCAUCACUAUGUCUGGACACAACAGAAUAGAUAACAACUGCUUCAGGGAUGCAAUAAUAAUUUGUCUGAUGGAUUCACUCUCCAACGUCUUCUUCGGCUUUGCUUUCUUCUCUAUCGUUGGUCACGUGGCCUUCCAGCGUGGAGUAACUGUUGAAGCGUUUCAAUCAUCUGGGUAUGACCUUCCCUUCAUCGUCUACCCCGAAGUGGUUUCUGCUCUCCCUCUGCCACAGUUAUGGUCUGUGCUGACCUUUGUGACCUUGAUGUCGUUGGGUAUCGAUUCUGUGGUACCGAGUGUGGAAAUUGUCGUCGCUGCCUUGGAAGAUAUGUUACCGCCGUCGAAGUGGCGACGCUGGCUCAUCAUUGGUUCUGUUCUACUCAGUCUCUUCCUGUUUGGUCUGAUAUUUACUUCACAGGGUGGGAUAUUCGUGGUGACGCUGGUUGACUGGUACGCCUACUUCCCAUCAACGGCCGUGUUGGGCAUCCUUGAGUGCAUUGUUGUAGGCUGGUGUUAUGGAACCAAAAGGCUCCAGGAGGACGUCCGUACGAUGUGGGGAAAGACUAUACCUCGAGUCAUGGUCAUUAGUUUCAAGUUUGUGUGUCCUCUGUUUCUAGUUGUGAUCUGCUGCUACUCCCUGUACUCCCACCGACCGCCAAAGUACCAUGACUACAUCUACCCCACCUGGGCAACAGCUGUUGGAUGGCUCAUAGCCUUUUCGUCACUCCUGCCGUUACCGACUGUCUUCAUCUGGACGGUUUACAACACACAAGGGGCAACGCUGAAAGAGAAAUUGAAGAAGACUCUCGAACCCAAUGAAAACUGGAGGCGAUCACCCCCACAGGAAGAAUUCACUGAAGUUAUACAACCGAUGGUAGAACAUGCGAACAAUUCCGCCUAACAAGGAAAACUCACGACGUUUCCAACUAUCUGUGACCAAACGUCGUUUUUUCGUCUUUCAUGUUUCCUGGAUACUUAUAAUGCUGUAGUUGCUGUUGACCUUCGCCGUUGUUGUCUUCAACACGGACACCUGCUUCAUGGAUAUGUGUUCAGAAUAUCACAUCUGUGUUGACUGCUUGCCGUGAAAAGGUAUUUUCUGUGAUAAUGUACUAUAAGAAAUGUUGCUUUAAUGAGAGAUGAAAAUAAGUUCAACAAUUUACUUCAUAAUGUGAUCAGCAGCUGCGAAUCACUGUAAAGUGACAAAGAUCACAUGAUCAACAGCAGUUUCCUGAUACAAUUAAAGCAUGAUUCCAAUUUAGAAAGCUUUAAACCGCGUUUACGUUUUGAUUAUUUUGCAUAACGCAUACCGGAAUGUCUAAAAUGAAAGUUUACUGAGAAAACAAUUUGUGAAAUGUUGGACAUCCUCAUGGAUACUAGGUUUGAAUACAACACUGUGGUCAUCUA